UAAAUAAAUAAGAAGCCGAGAGAGAAAGAGAGGUCACCCAUUUUUUAUUUCGAGUCCUCAAGUUUUAAAAACUGCGCGUAAAAUUGUGCGGUUGUUGAAACUUAAAAAGAGAGGGAGGAGGCGCAUCGGGAGACAGAAAGUGAAGUCUCUGUCGAGCAGAGCAGUGGCAGUGCAGAAAGAGAAGAUGACGAGAAAAGGGAAGGAAGUAGUGAUAUCAACAAGCCUUAAUCACAACAGUGCCGAAGAUGAAGAAGAAGAAGGCGGGUUCGAUCACUCAAAAAUCAAUGGACGACCUUUCUCUCCUUUCCCAAGUUUCUCCUCUCGCAAUGCUUCCUCUAAAUACGACUUUGUCAAGGUGAAGGUGUGGUUAGGUGAAAACGCUGAUCACUGCUAUGUUUUAUCAAGAUUCCUGCUCAGCAGAAUGUUGACUGUCACUAAGAUACCCAAUCAUGUUGCUAUUAAAAUUGCUCUUGAACUCAAGAAGCUGCUUAUCGAUAACAGCCUGCUCGAUGUCUCUCAGUCUGAUUUGGAAGCCAAUCUUUUCAAGCUUAUGGAGCGGCGGGGGUAUGGAGAAGAGUACAUAAAUCAUUACAAAAUGAUGACCAGAUUUCACUAUCAACGAGUGCCCUUGGUAAUUCUUGUUUGUGGAACUGCCUGUGUUGGGAAGUCUACCAUAGCUACCCAACUUGCACAACGGCUGAAUUUGCCUAAUGUCUUGCAGACAGAUAUGGUGUAUGAAUUGCUGCGAACAUCAACCGAUGCACCAUUGGUAUCUACUCCUGUAUGGGCACGGGAAUUCAGCUCUUCUGAGGAGUUAAUUACUGAAUUUUGUAGAGAAUGCAGAAUUGUUCGUAAAGGUUUGGCUGGUGAUUUGAAGAAAGCAAUGAAAGAUGGAAAGCCAAUUAUAAUUGAGGGGAUACAUUUGGAUCCAAGCAUUUACUUGAUGGAUGAAGAAAAUAAGUUACCAGCUAAAAUGCCAGAAAAAUCUGAGACAAACACUGUGUCAGUGAGUCUGGAUGAUGAUCCUGCAAGACAGUUGGAAAAUAAUUCUGUCAGUGAAAAUAAUACUGAAAAUAGCAACUGCACUACGGGAUAUUUGACCUCAGAAGAAGGGAAAUCUGUUAACCUGGUAAAUAAAGUUGUGGAUUCACAGGAAUCUAUAGGUAAAGCUGGAAGCAUUUCUGACAGUAAAGGUGAAACUAUUAAGGAUCUUGAGGGAGAUAGAAAGACUUCUGUUAGCUUAAAAUCUGGUCCUGAACCAAUAAUUAUACCAAUAGUUCUGAAGAUGGCUGAAUUUGACCACAAGGCAUUACUUGAGGAGUGGAUCUCAACACGUUCAUUUAGUGAUAAAUGCCCUGCUGAGGACAAAGAUAAGUCAAUUACCAAUUUGAAAAUCAUUCAGGACUAUCUCAUCUCAUUCAAGUCACAGGGUCUGACAGUUGCCAAUAUAUCAGCCACAACAUUCCCUCAAACACUGGAUUGGCUGCAUGGCUAUCUUCUUCAGAGCAUUGAGCAAGGCAUUUCAUCAGUGUCCAGUGAAAAUGGUAGACAACCAGCUCAAAAUUAGAUUACCUGCGGAUGUUAGCUUGAGCAGCUCAAAAUUAGACAGAAUUUCGAGGAACAGCUUUGUAGCAUUAGUCGCUGAAAGCGACUAUACAGAUGCGGUAGCUGAAAGCAAAUUGAAGAGCUUAGCGCAGAGACCUUCAACCCUUGUAAGAUGUAAACUUAUCAGGCUAUGGGAAAGCUACUAUCAGACCAUGAAACUUCUUGUGAUGGCAGCAUUUGCAAGUUUUCGAAGCUGCCUCAUGUGGUGGACCAAACUAUUUUGAGGGUAUUCCAGAUCUUGGCUGCCCCGUAUAAAACUGGACAUGUGUCUAGUGAAUUUUCCCGAAUCUAAAGUUAUGAUUGUUUUGCUUUUGAUGUUUCCAGACUUCUCCGUGAUCUUUAAUUUGUAUAUCUAGUUUAUAAACAUAUUUGUAACACAUUCCAUGUCGUAUUGCAAUAAAAAAUGUUUGCAUUAAGCA